AAAAGCAUCAAAGAGAAACAAAGAGCGUGAAAUAAUUCUACGAAAUGUUAUGAAUGGAAUUGUGUAUUUGGGACCUUCGUGCAAGGAAAUUGUGGUAAGAAAAGGGUUGAAUAUCGAUUAUGAGCAUUUGAAGUACGAAGAGUGAGUGUUGAAGCAUUUUCCCCUGAUUCAGUUGAAUGAGUGCAAACAUGGAAAAUCCCCCCUUCACGAGAUGAUUUGAUGACGUUUUGAUGGCGCAACUGGUUUUGCGGCCAAUUUGUUGUAUCGGCUUGGUUGGCACGGAUAUUCUUUAAGUCGCCGGACCCAGUCGCGAUCUCAGACUGGUACCAAGAGCUACAGAAGACGGGAAUCUCUCUAAAAGAAUCUCAAACAAGGAAAAAUUCUGUGACGUUUUCUAUGUAAUCUCCACGAAAAAUCAAUCAGAAAAAUCACUAAAAGCUUUAGAAUACAUUAAAUUCCCUGAAAUUGAAGUGCUUAUGUAGAAACUAGUAAAGAAAGUGCAAGGAAAUUUAAUAAGGCGUCUCCAUAGUGAAUCGUGACUUGUGCAUUUCCCUAGUUGUUGACCUAGUUCUUUAGUGCAUUUUUUUAAACCCAGAAAGAAACAAUUCAAAGCUUUAAAAUAUAGAACGAAAAGACGUGGGAUCUAGGAGAUAAAAAGAUUUCCGGAGACAAAACUGUACUAAGAUUGAGUGAGUCAUUUUGACUUGGGAAUUUUGGAAAGUCUAAAGAUGUCCACAUCGACUCACCAUGUAGCUAUACAUCUCCCAACGAUUGGAGAAAAUAUACGAGAAACUUUCCAUGAAGAAAGUGAAGUACCUCGAGGCAGAAGAUCCCGGAGGAAUUCAGCAGAUAAUGCCUACAGAAGAUCUCGAUCAGCUUCUCCUGGUUCAGCAAGCAGAUCACCGAGGAGAAGUCGGAGGAGUGUAGAUGCUGCAAUUAAUGAUGCUGCACCUCUUUUGGAAACAGAUCUUCCUCGCCGUUUCCCACCAAUUGCAGGACCAGAAAUCGAUGAAAAUGACAGUCCUGAUGAUGAUAUACCUUUUACUUCAGCUGCUCGUCCAGGAGUGGAUGAUGGGUUCUUUCCUUCCUCAGUACCAGACAUAGGUCCAAGGGUUGGAGAAGAAGAUGAAAUUGACGAAAAGGCCAUCCCACCAAAUGGUCUCGGACCACGCCGAGGAAGCGUUCCUGCUAAUUUUCCUUAUGCUCCAGAUUUUGGACCAGGCAUCAUGACAGUUCCGGAUACUCCCAGAAUCAUUCCAGAUGUGAAUGUAUAUCAGCAUAAGAAGACUCUGGCUCAAGGCAUGAUGGAUUUGGCGCUUUUAUCAGCUAAUGCCAAUCAACUUCGCUACGUUUUAGAAUCCUACAACAGGCAUCCUUAUUAUUACUUCAGCGUUACCUUCAUAUCAAUGAGUUUAAUCCUUCAGGUUGCCGUUGGUAUAGGACUCAUCAUCAAUAGCCGUUACAAUGUUAAAAAUCAGGAUGAUAUUUGCAAAGCAGAUCGAAUUAAUAACUUCACAGUAAUUGGAAUCUUUCUAAUCACCAUUGUCAAUGUUUUUAUAUCGUCCUUUGGAGUAGCAGAUCCUCCUCCAGAAAUGAGAAACUAAUUCCCAAUUUAUGUUCCAACGAGGACACCUCCUGAAUUAUAAUUCUCAAAAUUAAACCAAAAUUCUCAAAGUAGCUCGAAAGUGCAUUUUUGGUAUGUCUGUGGCCAAAGGCUGGUUUAUUUCUGUUUGAGCUGCUAAGAUAAGAAGACACGAGAUAGCGUUUGUUAUGAGAUAACAAACCUCAUAUGUGAAGGCAAUUGUAAUUUAUAAACGCUCGCAUCAAACAAUUAUUAUUCGUGAUAUUUUCUUGCUUAUUGGCAAAUCAUUAGAAUCUUAGGAAACGGUUUCUAAUUUAAAAUUUAUAGAACCUAGAAUUCAAAAUAGGUCUUACACUUUUAUUUUUAUAUAAACGACUCACUUUUUAAAAAAAAUGAAGGAUACAGUGAGGUAUAAUUUGGAAUCGGACUUAAAUUGCAAUUUUUUGGAUUUCUUAUUGUUUCUAAUGAGCAAUGAUGAAAAGUUGUACCACGAAAAAGUAAAAAUAGUCCUCAAAAACUACUUCAUGUUUUUUCCUUUUGUCCAUCUAAAAUACUAAGGAAAUCUCAAAAGUUCAAUUUAGGUGCGAUUCCCUGUUACUUCACUGUACCAUACUUCAAUCUUCUUAAUAUCUGUUUUAUGUAAGUGAUAUAGGGGAGACCAGGGCAGAAUUAGACACUGUAAUGUUCUAGUGUGCCCUAGAAGAAAUAUUAAGUAAACUUCUAUUUAUAUAUAAAGUAAACACCUCUCUCCCUAUUCAUUGAAAUAUUUAUUGGUCUGGUUCAAACGUUUUAUCACAAAUUGAAAUCAAAGAAGUAUGUCAUUUGCUGGCUAAUUGUACCUCGACCUCUCCUAAUCCAUGAUCGUGGUAAAGGAGGUUUCUGUUGGUAUGCUUAUUUAAUAAAAAUAUUAAGUUAAAUUGAAAAUGAUCACUAUGCAUUGCUAGGAAGUACAAUACUCUUCAAAUAUCCUUACGUUCCCCUAUGUAACAAUGAAAUAGUAAAUGAUUAAAUACAUUAAGUUUUUUUUU